AGAACGUGUAAGAAACUACUACAAAAAUUAAGAAAUCAUGCAAAGGCGAAGUGGAUUAUUUGUAGCCAUAUGCCUAUGGAUUUCUGUGAAUGGAAGUCUGGCAUACCUGCAGCACGAGGGCGAGGCCAUCAACAAGUGCCUUAAGAACUAUGGUGGACUAACUCCGGAGAACAACGAGCGACUCGGACGCUUCAAGGAAUGGUCAGAGAACUACGAGGAAAUACCCUGUUUCACGCGGUGCUACCUAAGUGACAUGUUCGACUUGUACAACAACCAGACGGGUUUCGACAAGGCCAAAGUUGAGGAUGCCUUUGGUAGCCCCGUCUACGAAGCCUGCCGCCGGAAAUUGGAGCUGGAUUGGGGUUCCAGCCAGAGUAGCUGCCAACAUGCCUACCAGGGCUUCCACUGCAUCGCCAACAUGGAUGGUCAUCCGUUCACGGUGAUCGACAGCAUGGCGAACGUGACCCUGACGGCCAAGAAUGCGAUGAAGGAGUGCCUCCAGGAUGUGCAUCGGAACGAUUGGAGUCGGUUCGCGGCCUACGCCAACUAUCCCGUGAACGAACCCAUUCCCUGCUUCUCGCACUGUUUCCUUAGCAAACUGCAUAUCUUCGACGAGAGGACGCGGCGCUGGCAACUGAGAACCAUGAAGCAACAGCUGGGCGUUCCGGCCAAGGGAGCUCGCAUUUCGGGCUGCCACCGCCAAAGUGGCAAGGACCGAUGUGCCACCUACUACAAACAGUUCACCUGCUACGCCAUGGCCGUCUAAGGGACUUGCCUCCUCCAAAAAAGGUUUUCAAUUUAAAAACGUAAUUUCAGAAAGAUUAAAUAUAUAUCCAAGGUUGCUUAAAUAAUUUUAAUUAACAUUUAGUAAUUCGGUCAUUUGAAAAACAUGUCCCAAAACUAUUCGUUCGAAUAAAAAUCCUGCUCGCUUUUAAAA